AUUUAAUGAUUUUUAUACCCUGAAAAGGGUAUAAUGUAUUUGUGCAAAUGUAUGUAACAAGCAGAAGGAAUCAUCUCCGACCCCAUAAAGUAUAUAUAUUCUUGAACAGCAUCAGUAGCCGAGCCAAUCUAGCCAUGUCCGUCUGUCUGUCCUUCCGUCCGACCGUAAGUGUCUUAGAACCUAUUAGAGCUAGAGACUUGAAAUUUGAGCUGUAGGUCUUCCAAGUGCCCGCGCAGAUUGAGUUUGUUUCUGAUAUUCGAUAACUUGCCCCGUUUCCAAGUAUUCAAAAAUAAUCGAUAUCGAAUUCCUGUUUUUGAUCAAAUUUGGUAAAUAAUAAGAGCUAGAAUCACCAAACUUGACAUGUAGCUUCUAGAAUAGUAUAUAUAUAUCAAGUAUCUUUCAUUUUAUAGGUAUCACCACCUCCCCGCUACUACCACAUAGCGGCAGCAAGCGCAAAUUACAAAAAUUUCUGUAUACAUGUACACACACACAUUCAUGCGCGUCUGCUUUGAAUUCUAUCAACAGCAUUACAAUUGCAAUUGUAUUGUUUUCUGUGCUGCUAUUUUAAUUCGUUUUUUUCUCAUAAAUACUCAAUUAUUGAUGUGGCUGUUGGGUAGAAGCGGUGGCAAGUAGUGCGGUACGUUGCGAGUUCGAACCUACCGAGGAAACUAUUUUUUUUUUGCCUGGUAUGGCUGUUGAAUAGAGGCGGCAGCAUGUUAUGCGGUCAGUUUCGAGUUCGAGCCCUGUCAAGGGAACUUUUUGGUUUUUUAAAGUAUCUUUGUUAUUACUAACGCAAAAGAGCGCGUAGCGCGAGCUGCAUUUGGGGUUGGAAUAAGAGGGUUCAGGGUAUCCCCUAGUUGGGAGCUCCAGACUAGAACCUCUUACUUGUUUCAUUUCAUAACGAAGUAUGGUAUCUGCUUUUAAUAAGUAUAUUCAAGAUAUUUGAUCUGGAGAAAAAUUCAGAAUAAGUUUACUAGGCUACCCACUAUAUAGAUUUAUCUACUAACGAAUGGUUUGUUUAAAAUUUGAACUUUAAGCUGGUGAAUGAGAAGGACUACAAUUAUUUAUGAUUUUCAAAUCUAAGUCGAAAAUCAUUAUUUUUAGUCACCUAACGAAUGGAGCUAUUAUUAAAGGCAAAAAGAGCCAAAUAGUUUGGUAAUAAUCGCUAAAUAUUUGUUAAAAAUCAGCCAAAAGUGUAAAAUUGGAGGCGAUUUAAGUACUAUUAUCAGGAAAAUGAUUAUUAGCGCUUGGCAGAUAACAGCGUGCUAACAGUAGCUCUGUUAACUGCCAGCUCAUUAACAGCAAAAAGUGAAGCAUCUACUAGCCUGCUGCCUGUUAUCUGGGCGCUUUCUUAUCACUAACAUGGCCCAUUGUUGAGUUGGUUUUGCAUUGGUGAAAUGUGCUAAAAUUGAUGGCUAGUAAAAGUGCUGGCAAGCUUUUUAAUACUUCGCCAAUAAUAGUCGAAAAAUAUCAGUUAAGCGGAAAGCGCGCAUUUCGGGUUAAAUUACGCGGCGAAACGUGAAUAUCUGAAACUGUCAACGAUUUGCGAAAACGCGAGAUUGUGUGUGAUAUUGUGUUCUGAUGUCAAUGCGGACAUAUCAGCACUUUAUUUCUGUACCAUCAACUCUUGAGCAGGCACAAAAAGCAUAUUUAUCGCACUACUAAUUGUUGAAUCAUCAAAAAAAGAAGCUAAUUGCGUGUAGUUCGUAAAAGUGCCUGAGAAAUAAAUAGAAUUGCUAUCAGCAUAAAAGUGUCUUACUCAAAUAAAGUAUAUAAUACAUCAAAUCAAAGCCAAUUCAAAUAUAUGUUAUAGUGUCUCACAGCCACCCAGAAUAGCGGCAACAUGCUGCAAAAUCUAUCAACGUUUAUAUUUUGCGAGCAAUCAAUGCAACUUAAUUGAUUGAUAAAUUGCGCUCACAAAGCAAGUCAUAGGAGGAAGAGGAAAAGCAAAGGCAGGCUGUGAACAAGAGGCUGAAGGAAAACGCUGGCGCCAAUGCAAAUGAGCCCAGUGUGCGCCCAGAGGAAAACGCAGCUACAAAAUGCAGGCGUGAAAAUUUGCAAAUCAUUUGAAAUUAUUAGAAAUCUUGGAGCCUGGCAACAGCAACAGCCAGGUGUAAAGAAUGCGAGUAUGGGGCAGCUGCUGUUGUUGCUGCUGUUGUGCCUGCAGAGUCUGGGCAGCUGCCAGGCCAGGUGCCGGGACGAGCCGCCGCGCGAUUGUGAGGCCAUCUGCGAUAAGGCUGGUGGCAACUGUUCCAUACGGGCCCUUGUGCUGCUCCCAAAUGACGAUGGGUACGAGGCGUCGCUGCAGCGCGUGCUGCCCAUUCUGAAGGUGGCAGAGCAGCAGAUCCGUGCCACAUCGCUGAUACCAUCGUACAUUGACCUGGAGUGGCUUGCCCACGACACCAAGUGCGAUGCCUCGCUGGGCGUCAUCCGGGCCAUGGAUGGCAUCAUCAAGCAGUGUGCGCAGAUCAUUUUUGGACCUGUCUGCGACUAUUCGCUGGCUGCUGUAAGUCGCAUUACCAAGUAUUUCAAUAGCCAGGGCACGCCCCUCAUCACCGUGGGCGGUUCCACAUACGACUUUGAGCAGAAGAAAACCGAUUGUGGCGAUGAGUUUUAUAUGCUACUGCGCACAGGAAUGCUCAGCUUUGAGUCCUUAUCCGAAUUGACCAUAAAUGUGAUGAAGCAGCACAACUGGUCACAUUCUAUUUUCUACUAUGAACGCGAUGGUCAGCGCAAUGUGGCAGGCUUGCACACCUGUUUUCUUAUGAUGAAAUCCCUCGGCAAACAGAUGCGCAACGAAAACAUGACCUUUGCCCAAUAUCCGCUUGAGCCAAAUAUCACGAACCGGUCGGAGGAAAUGCGCCGCGAAAUUGGCAAUAAACAUUCAAGUAAGUAA